CGAAUCAUCUUAUAUAGUUUGCUUUGCUACAAAAACUAUACCAUACAGAGUCGUCUCUCUCUCUUGUUCUCUCUUGUUCAUCUCAAACAUCAAUGGCGGGAGCUUCGGAUUCUCCGCUCGUACUCCUUCACCGACCACCGUCUCUGGAUUUCAUGGACGAGAUUCUCAGCCGCAACUUCCGAAUCCUCAACACUAACAAUUCAUCGGAGCCACUCCCGAUCUUCCUCUCCCGUCACGCCUCCUCAGCUAGAGCUUUCGUCGUCGUCGGCAGAUUCUUUGUAACCGCCGAGAUCCUCUCUUAUCUACCUUCUCUCCAGCUACUCGUCUGUGGAAGCGUCGGCGUCGAUCACGUCGACUUGGCUGAGUGCAAGCGCCGCAGGGUCGUUGUAACGAACGCUCGCAACGCGUUCUCGGAUGACGUUGCGGAUUGCGCCGUCGGGUUGCUUAUAAGCGUCCUCCGUCGUAUUCCCGCCGGCGAUCGGUUUAUCCGGUCUGGUGAUUGGGAGAAAUCUGGAGAAUUCCGACUAGGGUCCAAGGUUAGUGGCAAGCGAGUUGGGAUACUUGGAUUUGGGAGCAUUGGAUCGUUUGUAGCUAAAAGACUUGAAGGCUUUGACUGUGUCAUCUCUUAUAACUCAAGGAGCGAGAAACCGAGUGUUCCGUACCGGUACUACUCCGACAUUCUCUCUUUAGCAGCCAACAACGAUGUUCUCGUUCUCUGCUGCUCUUUGACGGAGCAAACGCACCACAUUGUGAACAGAGAAGUGAUGGAGUCGCUUGGUAAAGAUGGGGUUAUUAUCAAUGUGGGACGAGGGAAGUUGAUUGAUGAGAAGGAGAUGGUGAAAUGUCUGGCCGAUGGUGUGAUUGGUGGUGCUGGUUUAGAUGUGUUUGAGAACGAACCGGCAGUUCCUGAGGAGUUGUUUGGUUUGGAGAAUGUUGUCUUGUCUCCACAUUCUGGUGUGGCCACGCAAGGGUCUUUGGACAAUGUUGCAGAGAUCACUCUAGCUAACUUGAAGGCGUUUUUCUCGAACCGGCCUUUGCUUUCGCCGGUUCGGUUGGAUUGAGAGAGCGUCCGGUUUAAUUUUAUUAACCAAAUAAUUCAAAAGCCAAAGCCCAAAGGAAGAGUAUUCAUGCAACAUGCUUUGACUUUGUGUAUUUAAAGUUUUCGUUUAAGAUAUUAUCAAAACAAACUUUAAAAUAUA